GGUAGGUUGUCAUUCUGUUUGGGUGCAGUAGCUGGAAAAAUGGCAGCUGAUACAGGGAGAUACCGGAGUGCUGUUAGCAAAAGCAAAGACCCUUCGGGCUUACUUAUCUCCGUUAUAAGGACCCUGUCCAGCAGCGAUGACAAGCAGGACAGAGAGACGGAGAAGGGCCGCCUGGAGGAGGCGUUUGAGAAGUGCGACCGGGACCUGGAUGAGCAGAUCGUCCAACACUACGCUGAGCUGACCACCGCCAUCCGCACCUACCAGAGCAUCACCGAAAGAAUCACCAGCUCCCGUAACAAGAUCAAAGGGGUGAAGGAGAACCUGCUGUCUUGUAAGAUGCUGCUCCACUGCAAGAGGGAUGAACUGAGGAAGCUGUGGAUCGAAGGUAUCGAGCACAAACACGUCCUCAACCUGCUGGACGAGAUCGAGAGUAUCAAGCAGGUCCCACAGAGACUGGAAGCCUGCAUGGCCAGCAAGCACUACCUGCACGCCACCGACAUGCUGGUGUCAGCGGUGGAGUCUCUGGAGGGCCCCCUGCUGCAGGUGGAGGGUCUGGGGGACCUGCGUCUGGAGCUCCACAGUAAGAAGCUCAACAUCCACGUGGUCCUCAUCGACGAGCUGCACCGGCACCUCUACAUCAAGUCUACCAGCCGCCUGGGGACCAAGAACAAGGACAAGAACCAGGGACGCCACGGGGGCUCUACAACCAAAGACACGUCCCCUCUGCCCCAGCUGGACGUCAGCAGCCUGUCCACCCCUCGCAAGCUGAUGGACUCCUCCCAGUUCAGCACCCCAGGGACCACCAGCAUGCGUGAGCUGCAGGCGCAUCACGAGGCCCGCGAGGACCCUGACGUGCACCCGGAGGAGAACACCCAAGAGUUCAUGGGCGUCCUCAUCAAAGGCCUGGCCAAACUCAAGAAGAUCCCUGAGGCUGUCAAGGCCAUCAUGGAGCGCCUGGAGCCUGAGCUGAAGCAGAUACUGAAGAGAUCCACUACCCAGAUAGCUGAUCACGCCUACCAGAGAGGAGAGAACCUAGCCACAGAGAGCCAGCCCAGGCUGCUGCUGGAACUGCUGGAGCUGCUGUUUGACAAGUUCAACGCGGUAGCUGCGGCCCACAGUGUGGUGCUGGCCCACCUGCAGCAGAUCGUGGUGUCCCCCAACGGAGCCCAGGAGGGCAUCAAGCUCUAUGAGCUAGCCGACGUCUCUGCUAAGAUCCAGACCGUGCUCCAGGUUCUGUUGAUGGACUACCUGGAUGUGAAGAACACUAAAAGUGCUGCCGAGCCCUCUGCCCAGCUCACCUACGCCAGCACCGGCAGCGAGUUCGCAGCCUUCUUCGCCAAGAAGAAACCCCAACGUGCCAAGCAGUCCCUCUUCAAGUUUGAGUCGUCGUCUCACGCCAUCAGCAUGAGUGCCUACCUGAGGGAACAGCGGAGAGAGCUGUACAGCAAGAGUGGAGAACUACAAGGCCUGUCGGGUCGAGGGGUGAGGAAGAGGCCUGUGACGGACAAUGAGGAUGAGCCCCGUUCUGACUGUUCUCUAAUGGAAGUCCACAGCAAAGAACACCUCUCAUUUUAG